AUGCAUGGGGCUGGAACGACCUACGGAGGAGAGCACGCGUCCACGACCCAGGGCGACCACAGCCCAGGCGCAGAUCAUGGGGAAGACGUUUGCUCGUCCUCAUCCUCCGCCUCCGCCCUGUGGACAAUACAAAUACUUCAUCUGCCGCCGGGCUUACUGUUCCAUCUUCCUCCCCAUCCGGCCCGGCAUUCACCUUCGAAUCCCACGAUCGGUACGAAGCACGAGGCACGAGGAGCGAAGAAAGGGGCUGCGGAUGCAGACGAAGCCGUGGAAUCACCAGCAACGGCGAAUGGAUUGGCGGCAGUCGAGGGCCCCGGGACUCUGGGAGCUGUGAGCGGUGCGCUGCUCGUCCGCCUUUACAUCUGCCCCCCUAACCGAGUUGCAUCGCAUAGCAGCCACAUUUUGCUCUGUGCCAGGAAGUGGUUUGCGGAGGAGCGUCGAGUCGUCGAGUCCCAGCAGACAGCGGCCGCCACCACAAAGCAUGGAAGCAUGGCAGCAGCGGCACAAACACACCCCCCUUCGCAACAAGAAUACGGACGAAGUACGAAGUACGCGGCUCUUGGUAAUGGCCAUAAACGUGCCUCUUCCUCAGCCCCGAUUUGCCGUGAUUCUUCAGCAUCUAUGACGGCGUGA